GAAGAGAGUGCACUGAAUAUCGUUUUUCGUCGUGUUUUUUAACACCCAACAUGUGUUGUUGUUUUUGUAUUAGUUUAAUGGAAUACAUGUUUAUGGUUUUUACAUGUAAUCAAAAUAGUUUCUGAUUUGUUAAGAUAUCCAUUAUGUUUAUAAAACAGCCGGCGUAUAGAAUUGCAAUGGGUAGUUUCUCUUUCGCUGGUAGUCAAUGAGAGGUGUAAAUGGACGUUCAGACCGAACGCGUUCUUGCGCUAAAAACUCAAAGAAUGUAACUGUACGGAGGUGUCUCGUGGCGGUUUUUAGCGUUUGACAUUUUGUUUACCUUGACACUGGUCUAUAAUAUAGAAUCAGUGCUUGAACUGCGUUCUACGCGAGACGAGGUCCGUCAAGCCCGUGUUAACAUUGUUUGCCGCCCCCUGAAACUGAUGGCUGUUACUCUGUAAGUUCAUUUGUUAUUACAUUAAUGUUUAUGUAACGAUUAUUCCGGUUCUUGUUUAUUAUCGAUACCAUAUUCGAUAUAGAAGAAACGUUGUAAAGUUCUCAGCGUUUGCGCAGUGAUGGCUGUUGGGUCAUGUAGCGUAGAGAUUCAAGAGCGGCGCGUUGAGCUCAUUGAGAACUACAGCGAACACCUGACGCGCCUUCUAGACUUCCUGUUUAACGUGGGUGCAGUGACCGAGGAAGACAUCAGUCUCAUUAGAGGUGCAUCUCUCAAAGGUGAGAGAGAGUGUAUGCGGGUUCUUCUAGAUGUGCUGAAUGGAAGAGGUGAAGAAUCAUGCAGGGCGUUCCUCUACUUGCUUCCAAGAGUUCAGGAAGAAACAGCCUCAACAGCAAAACAAGAACAGAACAACAGGCAGGACCACCUGAAAAAGCAUAAGGACAUCCUGGCCAGACAGCACUGUGUUGUGGACUAUCUAUGCAUCAGAGGUCAGAAUUCAGGGCAGACUGAGAUUGGAUGCUUGACGGAUAUUACAUUCUCAAGACAGAAUGGCUAUGCAUUGCCAUCUCAGUGCCGGCAUGAGGCCUCAAGAGUUGGUGAUGCUUUCAGGGCACGAGGGGAUGAGAUCUGUGUUUUCAGCGACAUGUUUGAGAAUCUGCUGUCAAACCAAGCAAGUGGGGUGAAUAUGCUGUCCGGAGUUGCUGGUAGUGGGAAAACCACAGUUGUGAGACGGCUGGUACGAGAGUGGGCUGCUGAUACCAACUCGUCCAAGAUUGUUCUAUCUCUGUCAUUUCGUGAGUUAAACCUCAUAACUCUGGAGCAAAGCUUGCAAGAGCUCUUGACAGAUCACUACAGCCACUUGAAACCCAUUCUGACAGAUUUACUGACCUCAAACCCAGCACAGUUUUUACUCAUCUUAGACGGACUUGACGAAUUCUGUUAUCAUCUUAAUUUCGAACAUACUCCCAAGUGCUCAGAUCCUGAGAGAAAGCAGCCUAUACAAGCCCUUGUGGUGAAUUUGAUAAAGGGGAAUCUGCUUCCAGGGGUGUCCAUAUUCCUCACCUCCCGGCCGCAUGCAAUCUCCAAAGUGCCUCCUCUGCUGGUCAGUCAGUUUUACAGUCUACUGGGCUUCUCCGUAGCUCAGCAGAAGCAGUACUUUGAGCAGAACUGUGGUCCUCCCGAAGCUGCUGCUGCAGUGUGGGCCUCUGUAUCAUCCCAUAAACCCCUCCUCCUUAUGUGCCACAUUCCUGCAUUCUGUUGGAUUGUGUCCACUGCUUUGCAUGAUGGUGGCUCCUGCCUUUGUCUUAACACUGUAAGUGCCAGGCCAGGAAAAAGUGGAUUAUGCAAUGAGGAAGACAACAGACCAAACUCUUCACUGGGUCCUGUGGAGUUAACAAACACCAUAUUUUCCCAGGAUAACUCAAAACCAGUCACGAUCACUGAGAUCUACUGUUGCUUCGUGAAAUCCAUCUUGCUGUUCCAUGUUCAAGGGCGUACAGAGUGUUCCCAUCUCACCAGGCUCCAGCUUUCACCAUGCGUCCUCGGUGAAACGCAGCCUUUUCUCAAAAGCCUGGGGGCCAUGGCCUUCAAAGGCCUGCUGGAGAGACGGUUCAUCUUCGACAUCUCUGAUUUGAACUCCUUUAAUUUGGGUAGCACUAAGCUCUCACAUGUAUUCCUCAUAGAGAUUUUUAAAGAGGAUCGAGCCUCACUUACCUUUGAACAGGGCUUCCAUUUCAUACACACCAGUGUGCAAGAGUUCCUGGCUGCCCUGUACUAUGUUUUUCAGUCUCUCUCAGGAUCAGAUCCAUUUUCAGGCCUCAAACCAACCACAGGCAACUCUCUCCAGUUUGUGUGUAAGCAAAUGGUGUCAGCUUUGAAUAAGUUAAGCAGACCACACCAUCUCUUCCGCAGACGCAUAAAGAAGGCACUUCAUUGUGGGGAACGACAUCAGUCUGGACACAUGGAUCUGUUCUGCAGGUUUGUAUGCGGCCUGUUGGUUCCUAGGACACGGCAAAUCUUAAAUGGAUUUUUCCCUGAUGGGCCUCGAACACAUCUUUCACCUGUCACACCCUCUCCAGCUCCAACUCCUCAUUUCCUCCUCCGUCUGUUACAUUCCCAGCUCCAUAACGCUACCCUCAGCCCAGAGAGGCAGGUCAAUGUGUGUCACUGUCUUUAUGAGGCCCAAGACCCUGGUUUGUCACAACGGCUACAGGGCUGGAUGAAAGUCCUUUCACAGCAGACCUCAGAUCAGUCUGGCUCUGUGAACUGGAGCGAGCUGGCUUUCCUAUUACAGCUGAGCCCAGACCUGCAGUUUCUAAAUCUGGAUGCAAAGGGACUCGAUGCUGAUGGGCUCCGCAGACUCCUGCCAGUUCUUCCUCUCUUCUCAACACUCAGCGUGGGACAGAAUCCUAUUGGACCAGAGGGGGCGGCUGUGUUAUCCCUUGCUCUGCAAAACCCAGAUUGUUGCAUUCAGAGGCUGUGGGUGGUCGCAACAGGGCUUGGCUGUGAGGGCCUGAAGAUUCUUGCAGCAGCACUGAAAGAAAAUUGUACUGUGACUGAUCUCAGAAUGGCCAUCAAUAAAAUUGGAGAUGUUGGAGCAGGAUGUCUUGCAGAAUUGUUGAGGACAAAUCGCACUUUGACAGAUAUCAGACUCCGUGACAACCUGGUGACAGACAAAGGAGCCGAUCUCCUCAUGGCGGCCCUCAAAGAGAACACUACAUUACAGUACCUGUGGCUGUUCGACAACAAGUUGUCUAAAGAUGGCGUCAAGAAGCUGAGAGAAUUUGCAAAGAGCAGACCUAAUCUUGACAUUAAAGUUUGUGAAUGAUCCACAACCAACAAACCAGUGAGGAAUAUUAAGGAUCAGGAUUUCAUUAACUGGUACAGUGUUCAAUCAUACAUGAUUGAUACCGUUCCACAUUGAUAGCUGCAUAUUUUUAAUGGCUGUAUUCUGAGGCUGAGUUCGGAAUGGCAUACUUCCAUACUAAUCUCACUAUUUCUGCCAUAUCUAUAUGUACUGUAUGUCCAAACUCAAAACCACUCAGGCGACUACUGCCCUUUACUGUAUUUUAUUGGAGAAUUUGCUUGUUUUUGUAUGCUACAUUCAUACCACUGGAAUAUAUCAGUAGUAAUGUACUAACAACUGUCUACAAUAAUUCAGGCAGUGGUAUUUCCUGCACUUUAUGCGUAUUAGACAAUUUGACUACUUUCCAAAGAGACAGGAUUGCUAUUAUUUAUUCUGUGAAAGAUGAAAUGCUUUCGUUUUAUUAGCAAAUCUGAUACAGGCUUUUCCUAAAACUCACACAGUAGAAUUUGACUGAAGCUUAUAUAAUGUAUGUUACCUUUUAUGGCUUCUUUUUAUAUUCUUGCCUUCUUUCUCUAUUCUGCUCUAGUUUUUCUGUACAGUUUGCUAGUGCCACAGUCAAGCUCUGCUAUAUGGUUUAUUGCCCAUUUUUGUGGGCACUUUUACAGGCAGAGCUCAGGGCUCCACUUUGCAUCUAGGCUUUGCAUGCUUCUUAAACAGAAGUAGAAAAUGUAAGUGUAAAAUACACAAAGGCAGAGGGUCAUGUGUUAUACUUUGGUUAGUCAAUGAUUUGUAAGGUCACCCAAUGUCAGUAAUGUAAUCUGAAUACUUUGGAUUACUUUUUCAGCACUGGCAUAUUAUUUCAGAUGUUUUCACUAUAAAAUGUUAAAACAGGUUUAAAAAAAACAUCUGCCAGUACAGGAAUACACUUAAUAUACACUAAAUAUAUUAUCCUGUGUCUUGUUUGAACCAUUCUUUUAUGUUUUUUUUUUUUUUUACAUGAAAACAAUAAAAAAAUAUUCAUCAAGAAUAAGAAUUUUGCUGUAUAUCUUUGCCCUAAUAUUGAAGGUCUUACUAGAUAAAAAAUAUACAUGUAUGAUCAAAUGUGGAUUUUCUUUCCUCUGUCUGAUCAUAUGAAUGUAACUCAUGUUACUCAGGUUGCAUCUUUA